AUGAGGGAGUGGAAGUAAGAGAGCUUCCCAAAGAGCACCUGGAGAUGCCCCAGGAACAGACUCCGCCGCACCAUUCUUGAGAUGUUGCAACUUCCAGAAGUCCACAGUGCUAAUUAGGGACGUGGAUCUUGUUCACCUAACAGAGAAAUAGGUCUGAAGUGGAUGGCCGUGAGAAUGAAGCCAGCUAUCUGCCAGGAUGCCUCAGCCACCAUCAAGACUUUUGUGUGCAGAGAAACAGGAUUUAAGAGGGGAGGGACUGAAAGGGUGCGGAAGCCACUGGGUUCAGUCAUCCAUUCAAUCCACAUGAUUUGACCACCUUCUAUGUGCUAGGCCCUGUGCUUACACUCAGGAUUUAGUAGUAAAGAAAUUAUUGGGUCUCAUUGGACUGAUAGCGUUUCAGGGGAGA